AACUUAAGCCAUUACUACGAGCUCUCGACGAUGGGAAUCCAUUAGGCAACCUCAAGUGACGUGCGACUCAAUUGCAACCACUCGAGAUUCGAGUCGGGAAACAAACGUACAAAUUGGCAAUCGUUCAUUGAACGUCCCCAUCUUAUCGAUCGCCUUCUGUCACUGUCAAAAGUACUUCUGUCACUGGAACAAGCGAAUCUCCCGCCAAAGUGUGGCAUAAUUAUCGCAUUGAAACAGAUACUCCACACACCCAGCCGAGUGUUUCAGCCGCACAACUAAUUAAUUGCUGGGCCAAACGACUGGGGCCAAAGGACUCGCUGUCCAAUAACCUAAUGGAAGCGGCGAGGCCAGCAGCGACCUUCUUCUAAGCACAAAUUCAAGUGAAACUCUUUACGCAAGGCAGUGUAAAAAUAACCAGACCCGAUGUUGAGUUGUGACCACAAAACCUGGUCAAUCAGUCUUUGUGCAACGCUCGUGGCAGCAGGAGCGGCUACAAAGCCACAGCUCCCAAAUCGGCAAACAAGUUUCGAGUGGCCAAUUACUAUAUUUGCGGCACGAAACCACCGAAACCGUAGAUAGCCACCCGCCUCUGCGCCCCACCACCACCCACCGACAGCGACUGUAAUCGGGCUGAAAAGCGAUGCUCGCUUCGGGCUGCGUGUAAACUUAAUUUCUCACUGUCCGUUAACAAAACGCUUGAUAAGAUGGCUCAGACGUCGACGGGCCUUUAAGGCGGCAGGUUGCAUCGAUCCAGCGAUCGCAGCGGAAAAGCGCGCAGUGUAUACUUACCACAAAACUAGAAAGCAAAUAGCCAGCGGAAUUAAUUUGUCAAUUACUAGACAGUGCGGAAAAAAUAACAGCAAGACAGUACAAACUAUUAAGAAAAUGCAGAAAUAUUAUGCACAUACUGGCACUUAGUUAAGAGCCAUUCAGUGAGAGUGUGACCAGUGGAAGCCAGCUGACCCAUGCGGAGGCACCGAGUUCUAUCAGCUUGACGCACGUACAAAAGCCCGCGAAUAAGUCCAAAUAAAAUACAAUUUAACCAAAUCAAAAACCGGAGACAGCGGAACGAGAAACAGCCGACAAAAUGAAACUGUCGAAGAGCUUUGAUGAAUUGAUACUCAACGCCUCGCGACUGAGCUUGAAUAACUUGCGAUCUCCGGCCAAGAAGAAGGGGAAAAAUAACAUAAAUCGCUACGGAGACUCCAUGGGUUCGCUGGGACAUCGCGCCUUGUUGCAGUACAUCGAUAACAAUGAUAUCUCCGGCCUGCGCGCUAUUCUGGACAGCCGACAUCUCACCAUCGACGAUCGGGAUGAGAACAACACCACAGUGUUGAUGGUAGUGGCCGGACGCGGUCUGACUGCCUUUGUGCGGGAAUUCCUGGCCCGUGGCGCCGAUGUCCAGGCGGAGGACUUGGACAACUGGACAGCCCUGCUGUGUGCCUCCCGGAAUGGACACUUUGAUGUGGUUCAACUGCUGUUGGACCAUGGAGCCGAGGUGGAGCACCGCGAUAUGGGUGGCUGGACCAGUUUGAUGUGGGCUGCCUACCGGGGACACACGGAGCUGGUGCGUCUGCUGCUGGACAAAGGGGCCGAUGGCAACGCCCAUGGUAACUACCACCUGGGCGCCUUGUUGUGGGCGGCGGGGCGUGGCUACAAGGACAUCGUGGAGCUCCUGGUGCAACGCGGCGCUAAAGUGAAUGUGGGUGAUAAAUAUGGAACGACGGCGCUUGUUUGGGCCUGCAGGCGAGGCAAUGUGGAGAUUGUGGACACAUUGGUGAAGGCUGGAGCAAAUGUGGACACCGCUGGCAUGUACUCGUGGACUCCGCUGCUGGUUGCAACCGCCGGCGGCCACACAGAUUGCGUUAGCUCCCUGCUCGAGAAGAAACCCAAUGUAAAUGCCCUGGACAAGGACGGAAUGACCGCCCUGUGCAUAGCGAGUCGAGAGGGUUUCCAGGACAUAGCUGCCUCGCUGAUUGCAGCUGGUGCCUACAUAAAUAUCCAGGACCGUGGCGCAGAUACACCCCUCAUCCACGCUGUGAAGGCGGGCCACCGAACUGUGGUGGAGGCCUUGCUCAAGAAACAUGCUGAUGUGGACAUACAGGGAAAGGAUCGCAAGACGGCCAUUUACACCGCGGUGGAGAAGGGACACACGCCGAUUGUUAAGCUACUGCUGGCCACCAAUCCCGACCUGGAAUCGGGCACCAAAGACGGAGAUACUCCGCUGCUGCGAGCUGUGAGAAACCGUAACUUGGAGAUUGUGCACAUGUUGCUGGACCGGAAGGCCAAGGUGACUGCCAGCGACAAAAGAGGCGACACCUGCCUGCACAUUGCGAUGCGCGCGAGGAGCAAGGCGAUUGUGGAGGCUCUUCUGCGGAAUCCCAAGCACAGCCAGCUUCUGUACCGGGCCAACAAAGCCGGGGAAACCCCUUACAACAUUGACUCCCUGCACCAGAAGACCAUAUUGGGUCAGGUUUUUGGCGCCCGACGGCUGAACACCAACGAGGAUUCUGAGGGCAUGCUGGGCUACGAGCUCUAUUCCUCCGCCCUGGCGGAUGUGCUCAGUGAGCCGACAUUAACCACGCCCAUUACCGUUGGACUCUACGCCAAGUGGGGCAGUGGGAAGAGUUUUCUGCUAAACAAGCUGCGCGACGAGAUGAACAACUUUGCGCGCCAAUGGGCGGAGCCCCCGAUCCGAACAAGCGGCCUGCUCUUCAUCGUCUGCCUUCAUUUGGCACUGCUCAUUGGAACGAUUGUGGGAUUGAACACAUGGUCGGCGGUGGUAGGCGUAUCCGCUGCCGUGGGAUUCUUGCUGCUCGCCUAUCUGCUCCUGGCGGCUGUGAGAUACUGCAACUACCAAAUGGACAUGCAGUGGGCUUACUCGGUGCAACAUGGGCUGGAGAAGAGGAUUGCGAGACUGCGUCUGAUACUACAAGUGGCCUUUUGUCAUCCCCCAGGACCUCAGUCGGAUUCGCAGGCCAAACCCGUGCGGUUUCACUUUGCGGAGGCCAACAGUGCUUCGCCCACGGGCGAUGGAGCAGUGGCCCAUAUGCUGGCCUCCCUACUCAAUGCCAUCGAAUCUCACUACGGAUGGCUUGCCACGCGCUUGUAUCGAGCCUUCCGGCCCAAGUGCUUGAAGGUGGAUGUGGGCUGGCGCUGGCGUCGCAUGUGCUGCAUUCCCAUCGUGUUGAUCUUCGAAGUGGCACUUGUUACUCUCGUCACUGGCAUUUCCCUCAUCGUGACCUACUUUAAGCUUUCCGCCGAAAAGGAUAAGGAGAAGGAGAUGGAACAGAUCCUUGUGGUGCUCUAUGUGGUUGCCGCCGUAAUGGGUACGCUCAUCUGCACCCAUCUGCAUGUCCUGGCCAAGGUAUAUAUAGCCUUGUUUACCUCGCACAUUCGUCUGCUGAAGAGAGCCGUUCGGUCCAGUGAGUCUGCUCCGUUGACCAUGCUGGGAGCAGAGGUGGCCGUGAUGACGGACAUGGUCAAAUGCCUGGAUGCGUUCACCACCCAGCAAAGCCGCUUGGUGGGUGUGAUCGAUGCCUUGGACUCAUGCGACACUGAGAGGAUUCUCACCCUUUUGAAUGCUGUGCAAACGCUUCUUUCUUCACCCAACCGUCCAUUUGUGCUGCUCAUUUCCGUGGAUCCCCAUGUCAUUGCCAAAGCGGCAGAGGCCAACAGUCGACGGCUGUUCACGGAGGGCGGAAUCGGAGGACACGACUUCCUCAGGAACUUGGUGCAUCUCCCUGUUUAUCUGCAGAAUUCGGGGCUUAGAAAGGUGCAGCGAGCGCAGAUGACAGCGCUUCUGUUCAAGCGAAGCGGCGGAGGAGACUACCAAACUGACGAUGGGCCCACAUUGGGUCACUCUGUGUCGGCUCGUCGAUUGUCCAACGCCUCGGAGAUAAUUUCCAGUCAGGAGAAGCUGCGCGGCGGCGCCCGUGGUGGCGGAGGAAAGAAGCUGCGUCUCUCUGAGUCCGUGGCCAGCUCCACGGGUUCCAAUCUUCACCGCCUGGGCCAGAACCCACAGACCGUACUCGAUUUGUCCCGCAUUGUGCUCACAGAUGACUACUUCAGCGACGUGAAUCCGCGUAGUAUGCGCCGCCUGAUGAACGUGAUCUACAUCACGGUGCGCCUGCUCAAGGCCUUCCAGAUCGAUUUCAGCUGGUAUCGCCUGAGUUCCUGGAUAAAUCUCACGGAGCAGUGGCCCCUGAGGGCUAGUAUGAUAGUGCUGCAUCACGAUCAGUUCAUGGAUGGCAAUGCGGAUGAGAGUGUGUCCCUGCAAAGCGUUUACGAGAAGCUUCGUCCAAAGCUUGCCUACUUGAGAGAGGCUGCUCCGCUCCUGGAGUUGGAUCGCGAUGAGCGAAAGUUGGACGCCUUCCUGCAGCUGCACAAAUCGGACUUACUUGUGGCGGAUCUGCGCAUCUUCUUGCCGUUCACAAUCAACCUAGAUCCUUACCUAAGAAAGGUCUUGAAGGAGGACCAGCAAACCAUCGAGGACGAGGGCUCCCUAGUGAUACAGACGAGACCAAGCGUGUCCAAUACCAUGCGUCAAUUCCCAGCGCCCACCACCUAUGUGCCUUCGCCCCAGGCCUAUCCACCCUACCAAAUGUUCCAGAACGAGUAUCCUGCCAAUGAGCUGCGCUCCAGGAACCUCAGCUCUAGCACGGAGCCCGUAACUCCGCUGAUUAACUCUCCAAGUGAUUCAUUUGGCGAUGACAUCUUGCAAACCAAGCUGUCCGACUUGACCGUGGAGGGAGUCAUCAGCCUGCUGGAGCGCAUUGAUGACAUGAAGCCGGCGUUGGCCAAACUGGCGCCCGUGCUCCGCGAGAAUGCCAUUAAUGGGCGAGUGCUCAAGCAUUGUGAUAUGCCGGACCUAAAAUCGGUUCUGGGCCUGAGCUUUGGUCACUGGGAGCUGUUCCGCCUGCUGAUCACCACUCUGCGGGAAUGCGAGCGGAUGCCAAGGAAGCAGCCGCGUCAGCCGCAGCAGCCCGCCGCUCUGGAGGCUCCAUCGAACGUGCCGAUGAUCAAGGAUGUGACGGAUGCUCUCAUGCAGCCACCCAGAGAGUCCUUGUCGCGGAAGAACUCCGUCAGCCACAUGGAGAAACAGUCAAAAGUGCAUGACUACGAGUACUUGCAGGUCACGCUGGAGGAGCAGAUGAUCUGCGGCACCCUGCAGACUCUCAACGAGGAGGCCUACGAGGACGUGGCCAGUAGCGAGCGACCGAGUCCCACAGGUGAGAUGUUGGCGGCAGCCGCACAACUACAAUUAGCACCCAUCCGCGAAUCCUCCGAGUUCGGGUCGCCAUCCGACGAUCAGAUGCAGUACGGGGUCAAGAUAAGCAACCACAACAACAACAACAACAAUAACAACAACCAGUACUUGCACGCGGAGUACAACCGGAGCGUUAGCUCUCACUCUCUGCAGAGCCUGAGCACUCUGGUGGGUGCUCCCGGAGGAGGGGGUCAUGGUCACGGUGGCUCAGGUGGCGGUGUCCUGCACCUGGGCAAUGAACUCGACACGCCGAGUGCCGGAGCCGCAAUGACGACGCCAUUGCUGGGCUCCUCCGGCUCCAGCUCCGUGCAGCCGCCAGCAGGUCGGGAUUCCAUUUUGAAGCAGCAGGGAAGCGUCAAGGCCGACAAGCGGGUAUCGAUCCAACAAGCGGUGCCCGGUAAUAACAACAAUAAUAGCAACAAGCUAACGCCAAAUGUCGAAUACGUUUCCGAGCGCCAGGCGGAAGUCCAAGGAUCUAGCAAGCGCUUGACAACCAAGCCGCCAUCAGGACCCCGUCCCGCCUCGCUGAUCAUCACCAGAAACGAUUCCAACUCUCAGUUCCAGCUGCUGCGCUCGUCCUCAGUGGACUACGACGAUGUGGAGGCCCAGGAGCACCGGACCACUAUAAGGACCACCUUGCUGGAACAGCAGGAGGAGGAGGAAUCGGCCCCGUUCGUCUUUACAGUGCGCAAAUGAUACAAUCUGCUCUACUAGGUGAAACCAGCCAAUGAGAGUGGCCAUUUAGUGCCAGCUACGCUUAGUUACAAAUUAGUUAUAAUGCCACUAGCUAAUAGCAAGAGGUCUUUGUGGGAACUCUGCCUUUUGGGUUACACAACGAUGUAGUCUUAUAGUCGCUAAGAAAAAGACACCUUGUUAGCAAAGUCUUGGUUGUAGGCCACGUUAGUGUUUACUAUCUCUUAUAAAUGUAUGAUGCAUGUGCAUAUGUGUAUUUAUUAAUUGUAUAAAGAAAGUGAGAACACAUUGCGCAACUUGA